AUGUCAGCUAUUACAAGUAAAAUUGUUGAAAAAUAUAAUCUUAGCUCUAAGAUGGAUAAUUGUAGAAUAGCAAUAACCAAGCCCCCAAAAAGUUUAGAAGAAGAGAUCAUCAGAAAGAAAGCAAAACAAAUCUUGCAAAAUAGAUAUGAGUUUAGUGAAGAUCAAGUAAAUGCCUUAUUCACAAUCCUGAAAAACAAAAGUAGACACAGUAUAACUACCUCAGAUAAAAAUGUAAAUAUUGUAAUCACCAAUCAACUCUCUAAAGAAAUGGAGAAAGAAACAAUUAGGAAUAUGGCACAACAGAUUUUACGAGAUAAACUUAGCAUUAGAGAUGUAAGAGCUGAAGCUUAUGCCUUAGCCCUAUCAGCAAAAAAUGCUAAUGCUGGCUUAUCAUGUCUCACUCAUCUUCAUAGAGAAUUAAGAAACCUUAAUGCAUUACUUGAAAUAAUUGAGGUUACAAAAUUUUCAGAUAUUACAGAAGAUGCUAACAAAAUCCAGAGUGUUAAUUGA